AUGGCUGUAGCAGUACGUAACCCUAAAGACUCAAUGAAGUCCACCUGGCGAACCUGGGACCGUUCAGAGUGGUCAUUCGGCCACUGGCUCCUGCACGUUCUGAACGUACACCACGUCGAACUCAACCAAGACGUCCCAGUCCACCAGAAGACAGAGAAAGUCCCCUAUGCACCAGAAAUGCAGUUCCACAGCUGGGUUUUAACCCACGCCGCGAUACCACUCGCCCUCCACCAACUCUACAUCAACUACAUCGGCCAGCCCUCGACACUACUAGUCUUCGUCUUCUACAGCCUGGCUCUCGAAUUAAUUGCCGUCCACGAAGUCCAGGUCCUCCGACGUGUGGGGCACAAGAUCGGCUUCUUCGAUGGCGACAAGCAUGCCCGUGACGGUGUGCCCGAUGUGGGCGUCGGCAAGACCGUUCAGAGCCUCCUAUCCGUCAUUGCAUUCCGGCCCAUGUUCACAGUUUUCCUCGCCUACCGCGCCGACGAAGCACCCUCCUCCAUCCGAUGGGGCUGGCUCAUCGUCGAAACGGGCAUGUACGCUCUCGUCCUCGACUUCUGGUACUAUACGUUCCACCGUUCCGCGCACGAGACGGAUCAUCUCUGGAAGUUCCACCGAACCCACCACUUGACCAAGCACCCCAAUCCUCUCCUGACCGCAUAUGCGGACACGGUGCAAGAGUUCAUCGACAUCAUCGGCACUCCUGUCCUCACUUACGGCACCAUGAAGCUGAUGGGUUUCCCAAUGGGAUUCUACGAGUGGUGGGUGUGUCAACAAUACGUCGUCUUCACGGAGAUCCUCGGUCACAGUGGACUGCGCAUGAUUGCGACAGCGGUCAACCCCUGGACUUGGCUCUUGAGACAGUGCGAUAUGGAGCUCGUGAUUGAGGACCAUGAUUUGCACCAUCGGAAGGGCUGGAAGAAUAGUCAUAACUAUGGCAAGCAGACUCGGGUGUGGGAUAGGCUGUUUAACACCGAUAUUCCUCGGAUAGAGGGACACGUGGGGAAUAUUGACUACGUCAACACAGUUGAGAUUCCCUUGUUAUGA